UCCCUGCAGGAAGGGAUUUCUGGUCGAAAAGUAUUAUAGGAACCCCCGGGCGCAGGCGCACCGUCCCGUCCACCGGCUGGUUGUUCUCAUCUCUCGUCCACGGAAGACGCACAUCCAAAAUGAGCAAGCUCAUUGCCAGAAUCCCAGCCAUGGCCAAAGCUGCUGUGGAGUCGACAACCCCCAAGCUCAAUACCUUUGUUCGUUAUGCCAAGGUUGAGCUUGUCCCACCCUCCCCAGCUGACUUGGGUGCUGUAGCUCAAGGCCUCGGUAACAUUGUGAAGAGUGCACAGACUGGCGCAUGGAAAAACCUUACAGUUAGGGAGGCUACCCUGAAUACCCUGGUUGCUGUCGAGGUGAUGUGCUGGUUCUUCAUUGGAGAGUGCAUUGGAAAGGGCUCCCUUGUUGCCUACCAGGUGUAGAAAGACACUAGAGCUUGUGUACUAGAUUUAUGUCUGGGGAAUCAUGUAUAUUUAGAGCAGUGUUUUUGAAUUGUACAGCUAAAUAAAGAAGUUUCUAUUUCA